AUGCGCAUGGCUGGGAACAAGGGUUAUUCGGAGGUUGUACUGUUUGCCCAAUCCGCCAUUCCUCGUGGGGCCACCAACAACAACGACUCUAGGCUUCCUCCUGUUGCCGGCCGAAAAGGAGCUUCGUCGUCAUCAUCAUCCACCAGGCCUGCCUUGCCCACCAAAAAUCCCGGUCUGUCCCCUGCUAAGCCGCCAACCAGUUCGCGCGCAAACGACUGGUGCACCUUUUUUCAUUUCUCCCUCUUCCUCGCUAUUUCGCCCAGAGCUGCCACCCAGGACCAACAAGCAAUUCCUUACCCCUACUAG